UCCUCCCCUGCCCGCUCCGCCGCGUCCUGACCGGUGGGGGGGCGGGGCCGUGCGCCUGCGCGGAGCGGACAGUCUGGCGGGGCCGCAGCCGCGGAGUGGCAGGCAGUUGCCGUGGGGACCGCGGGCCCCGCCCUCCUCCGGUCCUCUGCCCGUGGCGUUCCCCACCAAGGCGUGGCCGACGACCCGGCUUCCCUGCCGCCGGCCCGGCGGAGCUGCAGACGGUGCCCCGCGAGAGGCGGAGCCGCUCCCAAGAUGUCGCAGACGGCCAUGUCCGAGACCUACGAUUUUUUGUUUAAAUUCUUGGUUAUUGGGAACGCGGGGACCGGCAAGUCUUGCUUGCUUCAUCAGUUUAUUGAAAACAAAUUCAAAGAUGACUCAAAUCACACAAUAGGAGUGGAAUUUGGCUCAAAGAUAAUAAAUGUUGGUGGUAAAUAUGUAAAGUUACAGAUAUGGGACACAGCAGGCCAAGAGCGAUUCAGGUCUGUGACGAGAAGCUACUACAGGGGUGCGGCAGGGGCACUGCUCGUCUAUGACAUCACCAGCCGAGAAACCUACAAUGCGCUUACUAAUUGGUUAACAGAUGCCAGAAUGCUCGCGAGUCAGAGCAUCGUCAUCAUCCUCUGUGGGAACAAGAAGGACCUGGACCCCGAUCGGGAAGUCACUUUCCUAGAAGCCUCCCGGUUUGCUCAGGAAAAUGAGCUGAUGUUUCUGGAAACGAGCGCACUAACCGGGGAGAACGUGGAAGAGGCCUUUGUACAGUGUGCGAGAAAAAUACUUAACAAAAUUGAAUCAGGUGAGCUGGACCCAGAAAGAAUGGGCUCAGGUAUUCAGUAUGGAGAUGCUGCCUUGAGACAGCUGCGGUCUCCACGCCGCGCACAGGCCCCGAGCGCACAGGAGUGUGGCUGCUGAAGCAGCGCAGGGUGCACAGGUAGGUGCAGUGGUAUUUGGGACACAAUUGUUGGAGCUUGAAGAAGUUUUUUUUUUUAACCACCAUCUUUUUCUACUUUAAAUGGAAGUAGAUCUUUGUGCAAAAAAAAUAAUUUGGGUUGUUAUGCAAGCUAGUAGAUGUGGCACAGCAAACGUAUAAUAAAUCCAGUUCAGUGGACAAGACCAUUAAAUGUACACAUAUAUGUAAAAAUGUUCUGUUCCGUAUUCGCCCUCUCACCCCAGUUUGAAUCCUGGCUGUGUACUGUAUAUAAGCUACUCCAGUACGUCUCCACAGCAUGGUAUCUGAUGUAUGGUAUGAUCAAUAGAGUGUUGCACUAAAUGCAGUCUAAUACUUCAUUUUUUUUUAAUCGUCUGAACUAAAAUCUGUUCAUUGUGAGGUGUGCUUUGAUCAUCGCGUCGGUUAUAUUGCACAGUUGGUUAUGUUUAUGACCUGAUAUUCAGAGACUCUGGCAUUGAUCGCCAAUGCAGUGCUUAGUUAAUUCCAUUUACCACAGUCCAAAGGUGUUAUGUGAGCCACACUCGAAAUACUAGAUCAGUAGUUACUCACAUACCAAAACAAAAUGAAAAAUGGAGUUUUUCCAUGAACUUUACACUGUCCAGCACCCUGUUGAUUUUAAAGUAUCUUCAUCAGACCAGUUCAGGAAGUAGAGCUGAGCACCUGCUCUGUCACAGGCACUGUGAUUAGUACUAAAGAUGCUGGUACCUUUAACCAAACUUCCUAGGCAAGCGAUCUACUCUCAGCAUCUGGUCAGUGCAAUAGAUGAACCAUGUACCAGGGGCUGCUCACCUGGUCCCAGUUUGCUGAACCACCUGGUCUCCCUGUUAGAAAACACAUCGUUUGCUACUGUGCUUUUUCUGGGAUUCAGUAUCAGAGCAUCACUGCCUCUUUUUUAGUCUUUUGUUGUUUUGUGUUCAUUUUAAGGCAACCCACUAAAUCGAGUUAAUUUUAAAGGGACACCACUAAGAAGUUUCUGUACAACUUUUGCCUUAUGACAGUUAUCAAGUUAACAUGUUUUUAAUUCACAUGAGUUAUAUUGAAGUCUAAUAUAUAUUGUAUUACAAAGACUUGUUCUAAUAUUUUAAAAUGUUUAUGCAAAAAAUAUAUAAUAGAACUUCUCUUUAAAGUUAAAAUACAGCACUACUUAAAGCUGAAAGGUUUAAAAGCAUUCUUCACCUUACAUGUGUUCUUCCACUGUGACUUUUAGCUGCAAACUGGUAAAUUUCAUUACCUUUAAGUUGGAAGCUGCCUACUGCUUCUGUUGUUUUGUUUUAACCAACAGAGCACAGCAGCACUACAAACUCUGGGAAGUGACUUGGAUAAAAAUAUCAGGAUAUAGCUGUUUUACGUACUUUAAUUUUGCUUCUUUUAUGUCUCGAAUAUUUGAUUUUGAAAAGUCAGGAUAUGAAGCAAAUUCUCAGACUGAGCUGCUUCUUGGACCUCGCUAGAAGAAUGUUUCAUUCAGUAUCUCAUUUACAGUGGGUUUGCAAGCUGCUCGUUUUGGGACAGCUUUUUGCAUGGGGUAGGAGCAUGUCUGUUUGACCACAUCAGUUUAUUCAAAAGCAAAAAUUUUUUUUAAAUAAGAUAAAUGUUAAGUUGAUUUAUGAGUGAGCCUGUUAAUUAAACCCCAGGUACUGCAUAUAAUUCCACAUCCCUUGACCAAUAAAAGUUGCUGGAGAACCAAACCAUGGUGGUUCUUAAUAAAGGCCUUUAGGAAAAAUGAAGAGGGGAGAAGAUGUGGUAUUUGGUCCGUGGAGUGUUUUCCAACACCACCAACCAAUCCUCUGAUUCUUCACACACCAGAUGGGUUCUGUUCUGACCCUGUCUACACGGAGAUGGCAUCAGAUUCCAUAGGUUAAGGGCUGAGUAGGCAUCACCACCACUACCACCACCCGCCCCCAGACACACACUGCAGAUGUCAGUCACCCGUCCAGGUUGUUACCUGUGCUUCUCACCUACGAGCACAGGUUAAGUGCUAAGGUUAAGUCAGCACUAAGUCUGAGGUUCCCACGACCCCCUCCUCGGGUUUGAUUAACUUCUAGAGCAGCUCACAGGACUGAGAGAAACGGUUUCCUUACGAGAUUACUGGUUUAUUGCAAAGGAUGUUAAAGGAUACAAAUGAACGGCAGACGGGGAGAUACAUAGGGCCAGGUCUGGAAGGGUACCGGGCCCAGGAGCUUCUGUCCCCGUGGAGUUUGGGGUGCGCCACCCUCGCGGCACAUGGAUGUCUUCCUAGUCACCAACCCGGAAGCUCAGAAGCUCCUCAAAUCCUGCUGUUCAAGAAUUUUUCUAGAGCUUAAUCUCCAGCAUCCCCCUUCCCUGAGGCCAGUGGGUAGAGCUAAAAGUUCCUUCGAUCUUUCUGGUGACCAGCCCCACACUGAGACUCUCUAGGGGACACACCUGAAGUCAGUUCAUUAGCAUAAACUCUGCUCACAAGGGACCCCUAAAACUCAGGAAAUUCUAAGGGUUUUAGGAGCUUUGUGUCGGGAACCAGAGAUAAAGACCAAAUAUAUCUAGUUACAAACGUUAUGUAUGUAUUUCCCACAACUUACUAAGUUUUCAGGAUGCUCUUAAUUUACAUAUCUAGAAAAGCAUUUUCUCAGUCUUCCUGGAAAAAGAUUCUACACUCCAUCUGGACUUGGGAUUAUAAUUUAUUCUUUCACAGUCCAGCAUUUAAGUGAAAAUGAAAACAUCACAAUUUGGGAAACUAUAACGGUUUUUUGAAAACAUAUUACUUGUGACUUAUGCAAGAGUUUUUGAAAUCUUUAAGAACAUUGAUUCCUAGCAGAUCAGGAUCAUUCAGAGUGAAGAAAGUGCUAAAAUUAGUAGUUUAAAUGAUUUGUAAUUCAUACCAUGACACAGUAGAUGGUUCUUUAUUUUCUGUCAUAUUUGUCCUUUUUUUUUGCUUUUUUUGGAGGGGAAAAUUAGAGGGACUUUAAAACACCUGUAAAGUUUAAAAUAACUUUUUGUGCUAGUUGUAAAGUGAUUUCUCUUUACUAAUCAGUCUACCUGUGCACCUACAGACAAUCUGAGUUUAUCCCAGUUGUUGCUUGGUCGCUUCCUGAUUGUAUUUACUUGUUUAAGGAGUUGCUUUUAGAAUUGUAGAGGGAUUUAUCUGAGGACACUCAACCUGCCAGCUUCAGAAAGAGGAGCCAUUUGCCGGCCAUCACCCUCUAAGGUCAGCAACGGACUUAUGGGAGUGUUUGAACUUAAACAAGUAUGGAGAAAAUAGCACAUAGAACCACUGUAUCAGCUAGCUUCCACAAUUGUCCGCAUUAUGCCAAUCUUGUUUUAUCUACUGUACCUUUGCCCCACUUUUUUUAUGCUGUAAUAUUUGGAAACACCCAAAACAUCUGUCAUUUCACCCAAAAAUAGUUCAGUAUGCAUCUCUGACAAGAAUAUAUUUUUUUAGUUUUAUAUAAUCAACAUACCAUUGGGAACUUCAUAAAAGAUAGUGUUACAAGCCAAGAA